CGGGAAAGCCGCUCACCUGCGUUUGGGUUUUGAGAUCAAGAUCUUAGUCUUGAACGAAAGCGUUACUUAUAUUUUUCCUCGUGUUUGCAGGUCGUGAAAGGCUUGCAUUCAUUCUAUCGAGCAUCAAUACGCCAUCCAUUGUUUACCAACAUUUUUCCGUCGUGAGCAACUGCCAGCAGCCAUGGUACUCCAUGUUCUUGCAUUCAUUGUCUUAUUGUUCUCCCAUUGUGUGAACGCACAGGCUCCAGAAGAACCAACUCUUCUUCAAAACCUAACUAUCGAUUUCACCCCUCCGAACGAACUUGCAAAUCUUCUCUUUCCAACAGAUGUUAUCCUCGCGGAGACUCCCAUCGCAAUUCGCACCGUGUUGGUUUUCACAAUACAAGGUUACGAAGUCAUUGCGGCAUGUGAUUCGAAAGCCCUAGGAUUCCUGGGCAAGCGCAAUGCAAUUCCACCACAUCUAUGCGCGCCUCUACCUGCUGCCAAGAUUUCCGCUUUCCUCCUGAAUCGUUUGUACCGCUCUCAAUUUCCCCUUGAAGGACGCAAUCUUGAAGCUUUCCUCAUCCGGCAAGGGCUUGAUCCCACAUCUGACUCUACCGAUCCGACCACGGAAAUUGGAAUCGCAAACGCAAUGGCCAUGGACUUGGUGGCCUACCUCGAGACCGAUGGUUGGAAUUCCUUGGGCGAUCUCUCCAGAGACCACUUCCGCCAGCAGUACUCGGACUACACCGGAUUCAAGCCUCAAAACCACGCUGAGCUUGACGUCUCUCGACUUCGUCGCCCGCUCCGCUGGCAACCUCUCAAACAGGAGGCUGACCGUCGCGGUCGCUUCACAAGUCAAGUUCAUGUUGCGCCCCACAUUGGCAGAGCCAAACCUCUUGUUCUUUCCAGGGAAGAAUUCUUGAGCCGCAAAUCGGAGUCUCCGUACGCGUCCGCUGACCGCAAAAAGACCAUCGGUGCCAAAGACAAGCGAACAAUGCGACGCCUCCUUAGGGAAGUUCUGAAGCUCAAUCGUGACCUCACGAAAGAGCAAAUCGCUCAGGCGCACUGGUGGGAUAACAAAUUCUUGUCUCUAGGGAGUUUCAUCGCGUUCUACCAAGGUGUUUACGGAUUUAGCCUUGUCGACUUCAUAGUCAUAGCUCUCGGAGAGGUUAUGGCGCAGCACGACUCAGUGAUGCUGGCAUGGAAGGAAAAGCUUCGUCACGACUUGGUGCGGCCUCCGACCAUGCUUCGACGAUUGUUCGAAGGCAAAAAGAUAAGAGCGUUCAAGAGCUUGGACGAGGGAGUGGGCCUCGUGAGGGCUGAAGAAUGGGAACCCAUCGUGCCAAUUCAACCACACUCUGAGUACCCCUCCGCAAGCGCUCUCAUCUGCCAAGCAACUAUGGAUCAUUUGCAUGCUGCUCUCACGAAUUUCAUCAAAGUGAAUGGGACUAUCGCUGCAUAUGAAACGGAUAUUUUCCCUUUCGGAAGAUCCCCCCUCACCGAGAAUGUUAAGGUGAAGUAUGAAACGCUGCAAGCAGCAGCGUUGAAUUGUGGAAAGUCGAGGUUGUAUGCAGGUGUUCACUUUUCUCCCUCUGUGGACGCUGGCUUCGAGUUGGGAAAAGGUAUUGGAGCAGUGGCACAAAAGCACGCUCAAGAUCUCUGGGAAGGGCGUAUCCCUGAUAAUUGUGAAAGAUGCUCUGACGCCUAAAUGAACGUGUCAGAAGAUCGAUUCAUACAGAACCCUUUACUAUAUGAGAGAAGUGCCAUAGAAUUCUUUCCUCGCUGAGUGUCUUUCGUCGCCCUGUCUGGUGUCUAGGUGACAUUUGAACUCAUAUGACCCGUAGUAGGCUACCGUUCAUCUUUAUUUUCUGGACAUGUGCUUACUCGAUAAGAAGAAGAAAGAUACCUUCUCCACCGUUCCUUACUUCUGCGUUGCGGGCGGAUGUAUUUUAUUGAAAACUGCAUGUCGUCUCCGGUCGUUUUCAGAAAUAUCACAAGACGCAUUUUUAACACCCUUUGACAUGUUAUGCUCUACUUCACUUAAUAAGUUCAGGUGCAACAUGUAGAUAUAGUAGUAGGGACACUGAAUCCAUUCCAUAAAGGCCAUGCUAUGC